AUGUCUUUUGAUCAAAAGUUCAUGGCUGGGGAGACUUAUGGGGAUGAAAGGAAAAGCUCAGCCAACUUCUUUUCUGAUCCGACGAAGGUUGCUACAGAUCUGUUGAAAGACUAUGUUGGCCUGCGAAGCCAAACGUCUCCAGUAGAGCUUGCAGCCCUCAUCAAGGAGUUGCUGCAGAAAGGAGAGCCUCUUGAUGACAAGAAGGGAGUACAGCUCACCAACAAGCUUAUCGACACACUUUGGGGUAAUCUCCAGCAUCCCCCACUGAGCUAUGUUGGUGGCGAUGUCAAGUACGAAGUUGUCAACUCCAAAGAGCCAUCUCCUAAGGAAACAUUGCAGCCAGAGGAUUCAAUCGAGUUCAAAGCCCCUGAUAGCGACGUCAUACUACGUGAGCAGGUUCCUCGACCACCUGAUGGGCUCCAUCACUACAGAAUGCCGGAUGGAAGCUACAACAACAUCCUCGAGCCCAACCUAGGCAAAGCGGGGACUCCCUAUGCCAAGACAGUAAGGACUACCAAAAGACUUCAUGGUGUCAAACCCGACCCUGGUCUGCUUUUCGACCUAUUGAUGGCGCGGGACGAAAACUCCUUCAAGGAAAAUCCUGCUGGUAUAUCAUCCAUGCUCUUCUACCACGCGUCUAUCAUCAUCCACGACAUUUUUCGAACCAACCGAACGGACCCGAACAAGUCCGACACGUCGUCGUAUCUUGAUUUAGCCCCUCUCUACGGAUCCUCGCUCAAGGACCAGUUAGAAAUACGUAUUAUGAAGGAGGGUCGACUCAAGCCCGAUACUUUCCAUGAAAGACGUCUUCUCGGACAGCCUGCCGGCGUCAAUGUCAUGCUGGUUCUCUACAACCGUUUCCACAACUAUGUCUGCGACAUUUUGCUGAAGAUUAACGAGAACGGACGCUUCACUCUAAGAUGCCCUCCCGACGCCGGUCCUGAAGAGAAGGCCAAGGCCAUGGCUAAGCAGGAUCAUGACCUUUUCAACACGGCGCGUUUGAUAGUUGGUGGCUUGUACGUCAACAUCUCUCUUCACGACUACCUGCGUGCCAUUACAAACACGCACCACUCCAAGAGUGACUGGACUCUUGACCCUCGUGUCGAAAUUGGCAAGCAGUUCGACGGUGAGGGCGUACCGCGCGGCGUUGGGAACCAGGUCAGUGUAGAAUUCAACCUGCUGUACCGCUUCCACUCGUGUAUCUCGAAGAAGGACGAGCGCUGGAUCGACAGCUUCUUCGCGAAGCUCUUCCCAGACCGAAAGCCAGAGGACCUUCAGAAUAUCGGCAUGGCCGAACUCGGUCAGGCUCUGGUUACCUUCGAACAGAGCAUCCCGAAGGACCCUAGCGUUCGUACGUUUGACAACCUAGAGCGCCAGUCGGACGGCACCUUCAGAGACGAGGAUCUUGCUCGCAUCCUGAAGGAGGCCAUGGAUGAUCCGGCUGGCUGUUUUGGUGCCCGCAUGGUUCCCAAAGCUCUCAAGGUCGUGGAGAUUCUCGGCAUCAACCAGGCCCGCAAAUGGCAGGUCGCAUCGCUGAAUGAGUUCCGCGAGUUCUUUGGUCUGAAGAAGUACGACAAGUUCAGCGAAAUCAACUCGAACCCAGACAUUGCGAGCCUCCUCGAGAAGCUUUACACGGACCCCGACAUGGUUGAGCUCUACCCCGGCCUCAUGAUCGAGGACAUCAAGCCCGUCAGAAACACCGGUAGUGGCAUUUGCCCGACAUACUCUGUCGGCCGAGCUGUCCUAUCUGAUGCAGUGACACUUGUGCGCUCUGAUAGGUUCAACACCCUCGACUACACAGUCUCAAACCUGACGGCUUGGGGCUUCAACGAGGUUCAGCAAGACUACAAGACGCUUGGAGGCUCGAUGAUGUACAAACUCAUCCAGCGAGGUCUUCCAAACUGGUUCCCAUACAACUCUGUUGCUGUCAUGCAACCCAUGUACACAAGGAAGGCAAAUCAAGCCAUUGCCAAGGAGCUCGGUACCCUUCAUCUGUACACGUCAGAUGACCCGAAGCCACCCCCAAAGGCAGUCGUACUCAUGACUAGUGCAUCCAUCAAGCAGGUUCUAGGCAACUCUAAGCAGUUUGCGGUGCCGUGGCUCCAGCCUCUCAACGCCAUGUUCACGGACUCCAAGAAAGAUAUCAGCUGGUUCAUGCUUGCGGGUGACGAACCCAAGAACUACCAACAUCGCGUUAACAUUCAAAAGGCGCUGGGCAAGAUCCCGAAUUUACACAACACUAUCCAUGACUUUAUCGAGCGCGUUGGUGCAAAGUUAAUUGAGAAGGAGACGUUCAAGUUGAAGGAGGGUCUUUGUCAGAUGGAUCUGAUCCGCGAUGUAGCCAUUCCCCUAAACGCCCAGCUGCUGGCAGACCUCUUCUACUUCGACAUGCGCACGGAUGAGAAUCCCAAUGGUACUCUCAGCGCCGCCGACCUUUACCGACACCUGCUCAAUAUCCGCAUCUGGGGUGUCAACAACAAUGACCCUGCUCAGGCCUGGAACCGCCGACGCCGCGCAACGGAGAGCGUCAAGGUCAUCAUCGACUCAACCCGCACACUCAUCAAUGAGGUCGCUGCUGGACGAGGCUUGGGUUUUGGGAUUGCGUCGACAAUCUCCAGUGUCGUCGGCCGCAAGUCCAACUUCAAGAAAGACUCAUUGCGCUCCUGUGGCUACAAGCUUGCCGAGGAGCUGUUGGCCCAAGGCAACUCGCCCGAGCAGGUCGUCGACAACAUGUGGCUCACUGCCUUUGGCGGCAUCGGUGUUCUUGUAACGACGUUCUAUGAAGUUAUGGAGUUUUUCCUUCGUCCUGAAAACGCGUCCAUUUGGGCAGAAGUUCAAACUCUUGCCCAGAAGAAGGACGAUGCUGUACUUCACGAAUACGUCAAGGAGGCGCAGCGUCUUACAAGCUCCCAACGUAACGUGCGUGUUGCCACUGCUACGGCCGAGAUUGAGGGCAAGUCGAUCCAGCCGGGCAACCUCGUGGUGAUGCUUCUUGGUGAGGCUGGCCGCAAUCCGAAGGAUGUGGUCAACGCCGACAAGUUCGACGCGAACCGCAAGUCGGAUUCUGUGACAGCUUUCAGCUACGGUCAGCACGAGUGCUUAGCGAAGGACAUUGCGCCUACAUUCAUCGUCGGGCUCGUGAAGCUUGUGGCCGAUCUCAAGCAGCUGCGGCCAGCCCCGGGUCAGAUGGGCGUAGUCAAGACAAUUCGCGUUGGUUCCGAGCGGGCUUACCUGAAUGACACCUGGUCAUAUCUCGGCUUCGAUGCCAGCACUUGGAAAGUGCACUUUGAGGGGCACGGAAAGGGAAAUUUCCAAGGGGAUGUCCAGCCCAAUAAGCCCAUUGACCUAGAGCAGUACUACUACCUUAUCCAGAAGCGCAAGGAGAAACUCUUCAACGGCACUAACGGCACCAACGGCAGCUCAUAA